UGAAAAGGCAGUAAAGUGUAGUACCCGGUGUAACAGCCAGCAAAAGAAAGAUGAUUGUGCAGAAUCCGCGGAUACUGCUGACCAAUAUUUUACCUGUUCUUCUGCUUGGUUCGGGUGUAUUGUCGAGUGUGUUGGAGAAAAGAGCUUCAGAUUUCUGUCAAAGUCACGCAGCUGGGGUGCACGCAAAUCCUGAUAACUGCUUUGGUUUUAUAAUGUGUGAUGUGGCGGGUACCACACAUGAAAUGUCUUGUCCUGCGGGACUUAAGUUCAAUUCCGCCACACUCGUCUGUGAUUGGCCGAACAAUGUCGAGUGCGAGGAUGUUGGAAGUGGAGAGCCGGCAGGCUAAAGAACCCGAGGAGUAUUCCCUCGCCGCUGACCAAUGAAGACGUAGUGUUUGAACACCUCUUAGCUGCAGUGUACUAGAAACAUUUUAUCCUCGCAUUAAACAUUGAGAC